AUGGGCCAAAGUAGCAGCAAGAUUGAGGUAACCAAGGCCGACAGGGCAAUCCUACAACUAAAACUUUCUAAGGACGAGUUACACCGAUAUACAAAACGCACAGAAGCACUAGUGUUCAAUGAGCGAGAACGUUUAAAGCUCCUGCUGCGGCAGAAUCCGAAAACCGGCACUAAAGACCCCAAAUCGCGUGUGUUACUCAAGAAAAUUCAUUACCAAAGCCACCUGCUAGAACAGGCAUCGGAUCAGCUCAUAAACUUGGAAAAUCUGGUCGCAACCGUGGAAUUCAAACUUGUAGAAAAACAGUUUAUGGCUGGACUCAAGCAGGGAAAUGAGGUUUUGAAGCGAUUGAAUAACGAAUUCAAAGGUGCAGAACAGCUAAUGGACUCUGUGGCAGACCAGAUCGCGUACCAGGAAGAAGUGGACCAGGUUUUGUCGUCCAGUGUUGUAGGGGGUUUUGAGGAAGAAUUGGACCGGGAGUUGAGUCAGCUCGAUAAAGAGGUCAACGGCACAGGAACCAAAGAAGAAGAAUUGAAGUUACCAGAUGUGCCGUUGGAGCAACCGCAAACGAUUCCAGACUUACCUUCUACCGAAGAGCUACCCUCGUUGUCCAGCCAGGAUCCUCAAGAGCGCCAGGGAAACCGCGCAAGAAGGCCAGAAGCGGCUUUGGCCGAGUAG